CUCCCUUCACUUACACAUAAUUCUGAAUGGCUUAGUCACCGGGAGCCAAAGAUUCCGUGGCCCUGGGGGAUUCUGGCAUGGUUGGGAUGACAGAUCUCGCCCUCAGUGGAAGAGCUGUCUGAACUGCUUUCUGGCAGAGAGGGGGGGGGAUCUCCCGUGAUCCUGACAGUGUGCUUCUCUCUCUCUCUCUCCCCCUUUCACUCCUGACAGAAAGCCCCCUUCUCUCCAAACCGGCCGCCCACCAUGAUCUCCAGGACAGCGUGUGGAUGGGUCACGGGGAAACAUCCCUCGCAAAAGGUGAGCUACUUCACUUAUGCUGUGUGAUCAAGCGCAAAGGAAUGAACGCUUGUUGCGGUUCUGUUGACCGGACACUUUUGACAUAGAUGGCCGUCCCUUGUGUUAGCAGCAGAAACCUCUGGAGCAACAUUUUGGCUGCUGCCAGAUUCUAGAGUAAGGAAUGGAAGCGGUUACCACGGUGACACUGGAAGGAGCGCAGUCAUUUUCGGCGUUUUCGAUGCAGGCGUCCUCUUGGGGAAGUGAAGGGGAUUCUGUCUCCACCCAGAGCCAGAGCCCAUCAGAGAGUGGGGAAACUGUCUGGCUGUCUGAGCCUCUGAGCUCAGCGGUCAUGCAACUGUCCCGAGACCACGCUCGGGAUCAACAGGAGAUGGGUGCAGGUGAUGACCUUCACGGAAACGAUGAUGCAGCCUUUGCGCCAGGAAUUUCAGGCAACCAGCACUGUGCCGCUGCUUUGGUAGCUGACUCUCAGGAGUUUGAUCCAGUCACCACCUCAUCAGGUUGUAACAGUGAGCUCGGUGAGGUCUGUACUCACUCGAGCUCCUUGGACGAGCUGGGUGAUCUUCAAACCUCAUCGGACACCCUGGAAAUGCAGAGCCACGAUCCCACCCUCACUGGCCCGAAGGCAGGCAGUGGAAUUCGGGGGCCUGCUGCUGUUGUAGCGGGCUUCUCUGAGGGCCCAGCUUCAGACUUGAACCAGACUUUUUCCCUGGAGAAGUCUGGCUAUGCACUUAACCCACACUGCCUCCAGGUGGAGCUGGACCAUGUUGUAAACCCAUUGGAUUGCCCUGAGGAGCAUGGACGAUUUUUUCCCCUCCUUGGCCACUCAGAGCCACCUGUUCCCACUCCCCCCAUCAGCUCUGAUCUCUCCAGCCUCUCCACUCCCCUGCCUGGCAGCUCCGGGACGCCAGGGCCAGCUGGGGGAUACUGGGAGCUCCCCCGCAUCGUGAGGCACAAGCCCAGCUCCAUCGCCUUCUCAGAUUACCCCGACCGCCGCACUGGCUGCCUGUACAUCGGCGAGAGCUCGGACGGUGGCGAGGAGUCCUCCUCGGAGGACGACAACGUGUUCGAGGAGCUGCCUCAGCGCCGGGAGUUUCUCACGGGCCGGCGGCGCAGGGGCAGGCCGAGGAGGAAUGGCCCGGGGACGGGGGCGGGGGCGGGGCAGGAUGGGCCGAACGCGGACACGCCGUCCCGCCAGGACACCACGGGCAGCAGCUGUGACGCAGAGGAGGAAGCCAACAGCACGGAGGAGUCCCCGCAGGCCCUCUCGCCCUGGUCAGAGUCCAUGACCCAGCUGAUGAAGAAACUGGACCAGCUCAACCUGGACAUAGAGGAGGCCCUGAGCUCCGGUUCCUCACCCUCCCACACGCCCAGCAUACCCCGCAAGCAAGCGCCCGACGCCUCUUUGGGGACCGCAGUUAGCCAAGCCCCGAACGAGAACGCCGCACUCAGGAACCCGGACAGAGAAGGAUGUGGAGACCAGGAUAGUUCCUCCUCGUCGAGCCGCACUGCCGUAGGAGUUCCUGCAGGUCCCAAAAAGAUGGAGGUGGCUGCGAAGAUGAGCAAUGAACGAGCAGAAAUCGAGGCGAAGGAGGCAUGCGACUGGCUGCGGGCUGCAGGCUUCCCCCAGUACGCUCAGCUCUAUGAAGAUUCACAGUUUCCCAUUGACAUAUCUCCUGUGAAAAAGGAUCAUGACUUUCUCGACAAAGACCUUGUCGAGCCUCUCUGCCGGCGGCUCAACACGUUGAACAAGUGCGCCUCUAUGAAACUUGACGUGAAUCUACCAAAAAAGAAAAGUGAAGACUCAGAUGAAGAAGACUUGUUUGCCAUCAGUGACAAAUGGACGUUUGAGUGGAGCAGCCGGAGAUGGUCCAGGCUGCAGGACAUUGACUGCUUCCUGGGUCACGUGGAGAGCCAGGGUUCGGGCGGGGGCGUGGCCCUGAGGAACACCCCGAGCAGCGAGAGCGUGCUGACGGACCUGAGCGAGCCGGAGGUCUCGUCCCUGCACAGCGAGAGCAGCGGGGGGAGCGGGCACCGUGCCCAGAGCGCCGAGGACUCGGACUGCUCCCGCCGCGCCCAGUCAGAGUCCGCCGCCAUGCCCGACUCCACCUCCCUCACCCUGCCGCAGGCGCCCCGGGAGGUGCCGCGCUUCGGCUCGCUGCCCUCCAAGAACGGCAAGCUCGGCCGCACCCGUGCCAAGGACUUCCUGCGGCGCAUGGAAACGUUGCGCUCGUGGGGCGCGGCGGGUGGGGGGGCCCCCCGCAGGGCGGUGGUCAUCAGCGGGCCCGUGCUGCAGCAGGAGCCUCAGGCCCUCAAGACGCUCCGCUGCGUGGAGAUCGUCAACGGCGGGCCGCUGGAGCCCGCCUCGGACCGCGGCGGCCCCGCCUCCCAGUCCAGCAGCAGCGAGGGCAGCAGCCAAUCCAGCAGCAGCUCGGUCAGCACACCCAGCCUAAAGGAGCGCAAGCCGCACUGGGCCGACAGCAAGCGCAGCGGCAUGUACCUGGAAGAUGUGGACAUCCUGGGCGGCGCCCAGGGCCGCAAUGUGGCCGAGCAAAACCGCCGCAAUGAGUUCCGCUCCUACGAGGACCUGGUGGUGCACAUCCCUAAGGACCACAAGCCGGGGACCUUCCCCAAGGCCCUCUCCAUCGAGAGCCUGUCACCCACCAACGGCGCCUCCGUCAAGUGGCACGCCGGCAGCGUCUGCCUGGACCCGCGGGGCCAGCCCUGCGCCAAGGAGACGCGGCCCGUCACCCAGUGCUGCCCGCGGGGCAGCCGGAUCAGCGUCUACGACAACGUGCCGGGCUCCCACCUGUACGCCAGCACGGGUGACCUCAUGGACCUGGAGAAGGAGGACCUGUUCCCGCACCUGGAUGACAUCCUCCAGCACGUCAGCGGCUUGCAGCAGAUCGUGGACCACUGGUCCAGGAACGUGCUGCCGGAGGGGGAGGUGGUGGGGGAGGGGGAGGGGCUGAACCGCGGGCCCUCCGGCCUGCAGUCCUCCAGCCAGAUCACGCUGGACUUCGAGGGGAACUCCGUGCUGGAAGGGCAGACGACCCCCAGCGAUGGGGACAGGGACGGCGUGUCCCUCAAUGAGACGGACUCCAGUGGGAUGAGGGAAAGGAGGGACUCAGGGGUGGGGGCGUCCCUCACCAGGCCAAAUCGCCUGAGAUGGCCCAGCUUCCAGAUCUCCAACCGCCUCAGCCACUCAGUGGCCUCCCUGCAGAUCACCAACCAAUCAGCCGCCCAGCUCAGCCUGCUGCAGAAGUUCUCCCUGCUACGCCUCACCGCCAUCAUGGAGAAGUACUCCAUGUCCAAUAAGCACGGCUGGACCUGGUCGGUGCCAAAGUUUAUGAAAAGAAACAAGGUGCCAGACUACAAGGACAAGAACGUCUUUGGCGUCCCCCUGAUCGUGCACGUCCAGCGCACUGGUCAGCCUCUCCCCCUCAGCCUGCAGCAGGCCCUACGCUACCUCAGGAGUCAGUGUCUGGACCAGGUGGGUCUUUUCCGGAAGUCUGGGGUGAAGUCUCGGAUCCAGGCGCUGAGACAGAUGAACGAGAGCUCGCCGGAUGAUGUGAAUUACGAGGACCAGUCCGCCUACGAUGUGGCCGACAUGGUGAAGCAGUUCUUCAGAGACCUGCCAGAGCCCCUGCUCACCAGCAAGCUGGGAGAGACCUUCCUGCACAUCUACCAAUAUGUGCCUAAGGACCAGCGCUUGCAGGCGGUGCAGGCAGCCAUCAUGCUGAUGGCGGACGAGAACAGGGAGGUGCUGCAGACUCUGCUCUGCUUCCUGAGUGAUGUCACUUCCUCUGUGGAGGAGAACCAGAUGACCCCCAUGAACAUCGCGGUGUGCCUGGCGCCCUCGCUCUUCCAUCUCAACAUCUUGAAAAAGGACAACCUGUCGCCCAGGGCCAUGCAGAAGAAGUAUGCCACCGGGAGGCCUGAUCAAAAGGACCUGAAUGAGAACCUGGCAGCCACCCAGGGGCUGGCCCACAUGAUCACCGAGUGCAACCGACUCUUUGAGAUCCCUCACGAGAUGGUGACGCAGUCGCGGAACUCGUACGUGGACGCGGACCUGCACGCUCCCACGCUGGAGGAGCUGUGUAAGCAGCUGGAGGAAGACGACGGCUCCUACCACACCCACAUGGACGGGCUGGUCCAGAACCUGCUGAAGGAGGCCCGUGACAAGUCCAAGGGCUGGGUGUCCUGCCCCAGCACCGACAGCACAGAGCUGUCCUACAAGAAGGUGGGUGACGGAAACCCUCUCCGGCGCUGGCGGGUGUCAGUGGAGGUGGAGGCCCCUCCCUCGGUGGUGCUGAACCGGGUGCUCCGAGAGCGACACCUGUGGGACGUGGACCUGCUGCAGUGGAAGGUGAUCGAGACCCUGGACAAGCAGACGGAGGUGUACCAGUACGUGCUAAACCGAAUGCCCCCGCACCCCAGCCGCGACUUCGUGGUGCUAAGGUGAG